AUCAUUUUCAAAGUGGACAUCCUCCCGGGGAGGGGGAAUCGGGGACCCCGGGAUGUGCUGCAGAAUCCUGUGGGGGACAAGUGCCCGUUUUGCCAUCACCCGGACUCCCUGCUGCUCCCUACCAAGUGAUUUCUAAGCCCCUGUGCGCUUGCCUGCCCAGCUGUGUGCGGCGUUGACUUGGAGGGGUGUGUGAUUGGACAGGGAUCUGGCAGGGCUUCAGCAGCCGGGAUCCCGAGCAAUCAAUGCGGGAGGCUGCAGUCAGACUGCAGCGGUGCACGGAACUGCCUCAAUGUCACAGACAGCGCAGCGGCCGCUGAGAAAAGUUUCAGAAUGGGAGGGUCGCACUCUCAGAAUCAGCAGAAGGGAGGAGCGAGACCCUUAAAGCAGAAGGCGAGCAUGGACAGGACGGGUCUCCCAGGACAGGGCGCCAGCGAUCAGCGAGCUGCCUCUCUCAGAGUCUGCAGGGGAAGAAAGAACCUGCAUCCUUCCCUGUUCGGCCGCACCACCUUGGAGCGCCACUGCGCCGUCUCAUCCUGCUGCUCGGUCGCUGCCGAGAGUUCCUCCCUCAGUUCUGACUCCGACACCAAUUUUGAGACACCUGUUGCUGAUACACCUGCCCCAGGACCCUUGGGCCUCUCUGAAAGUGAACUGACCCCCAAACAGACUGACACUGGGUUGCAAACUGAAGACACGUGCUUACCAUCAGGAGCCAGUCCGCCUGCAGAGGGGCAGGCAGCAAGCGGCCCGCGGCCAGAGCCAGCUCACUGUGAAGUUUCCCGUGAUACAGCCCUCCGCCCUGCCCUUGAGGGCACUGUGGGCACCGCCAACACCCCCCACGAGUCUCCGCUCCCGCUGAGGAUCGAGGGGCUUGCGUCCGAAGCUCAGACGGUCAGAGACUCUCCGUCGGUUCCGGUGGGACCCCAGUGCGUGCUGACGAGCGCCCAUUCGGGCACCAGCGUACAGGAAGGAGGCAUGACUGUGCCAUCAGUGAAGGAGCAAGCAGCAGAAGGCUCAGAUGUCCCAGCCAGCAAGAGCAAGCGUAAAAAGGCACCCCCUCCGUCACUGGACCUUGGAGCGGUGGGAGACAGCGAAGAUGUGCCGAUGCCAAAGUCGUCCUACAACUUUGACCCCAACAACUUCGACGACACCAGGAACCCCUUCACCUCGGGGGGAUGCAGGCUGCAGGACUCCCCCUCGGCCCACGGUCAGAACGCGCCGGCCGCAGCGGCGGAGGAGACGGGACCCCGUGCGGAGACCAAGGGGGCGGCGCUGAAGCUGGAGUUCGACUUAUCCGAGGACAAGGAGAACACCGAGACCCGGGUACCCGUGGCCAAGAAACCCGGCAAGAAGGCCAGCGGCCGGAGCGGCAAGAAGCAGAGGCCGGCAGUCGCCAAGCCGGCCCCUCCGGUGGAGAAGGACGAAGCCACCCCCGCCGCCAGUUUUGAUGACACUCCUCUUCCCAAAGCAUCUUACAACUUGGAUUCGACCCAGUGGGACGACCCCAACUUCAACCCCUUUGGCGGCAGCUCCGGCUUGCAGAACUCCCCCACCGGCCCAAAGGAGUCCUACAGGUUUGACCCCGAGCGUUUUGAAGACAUAGUCGACCCUUUCAAGCCCUCGAAAACUUUGGCCAACGUGGACGAGCCCCUCGCUCCUCUGGAGCCGGCGACCGAGGCGACUGAGCUCGGGGACCUCGAGGUGGCCGAUGAGGAGGAUGCAGUGAAGGCGUCGCCCAGGAAGUCGAAGCCUCGAGUGAUAACGACAAUUGAACAAAUGAAGUUUCUCUGUUUUCUGAUGAAUGCUUGCCGAGUGAAGAAGUAUGAAAACCAGUCUCUGGUGCUGGAUGUGUGCCCACAGGAUGGUGAGCCCCUUGAAGCAUCCUGCGUUGGGGAUAUGGCCCACAGGGAGGGCCAUGCCACCGAUGAGGAGAAGCUGGCCUCCACAUCGGUUAGUCAGAAGCACGGCGACACAGAGGGCAAGGCUGAGGUGGAGGAUGACACUGAGUACUUCGAGUGCUCCAACCUCCUGGCCGCCCCCGUUAAACCGGAACCUGUGGCCCCUGUGGAAGGUUUGAAUAAAUCAAAAGAAUUGGACCACUUGGAACAACAUGCCUCGUCAGCACACAUCUCUGCAGCUGAGAUGAACAGUAGUGAGAGCAUCCUGUCCUUUAAGGCACUCCUGAGUGAGAUGGAAGGAUCCGUGGGCAAUGAGUUGAGCAGCCUCCAGGCCGACAAGACAGCUGUGCUGAGCUUAAUCAGAGAAGAGAUUAUGGGGAAGGAGAUAGAAGUAAAGGAGUGGAAAAUAAAGUAUGAAGACAGUCGACAAGAAGUCAUUGAAAUGAGAAAAAUUGUUGCAGAGUAUGAGAAGACCAUUGCCCAGAUGAUAGAUGAUGAACAGAAGAAUAAGAUGGCCUCCCAGACAUCCAUGCAACAGCUGAUCGCGGAGAAAGACCAAGCACUGGCAGACCUCAAUUCCGUGGAGAGGUCCUUAUCCGAUCUCUUCCGGAGAUACGAGAACAUGAAAGGGGUCCUGGAAGGAUUCAAAAAGAAUGAAGAAGUGUUGAAGAAAUGUGCUCAGGAUUACUUGGCAAGGGUGAAACAAGAAGAGCAGCGGUAUCAAGCCCUCAAACUCCACGCCGAGGAAAAGCUAGACAAGGCCAACGAGGAGAUUGCUCAGGUGCGUGCCAAGGCUCACGCAGAGGGAGCGGCCAUGCAAGCCAGCCUUCGGAAGGAACAGAUGAAAGUGGAUUCCAUGGAGAGGACAAUUCAACAGAAGAACCAAGAGAUUGAAGAGCUGACCAAGAUCUGUGAUGAGCUGAUUGCCAAGCUGGGGAGAACGGACUGAAGCCAGGUCUUCCCAACACUGGAUACUGUGCACGACACAGACGCAGCUUCCUCCAGACCUUCCUUCCUCAAGCACGCUGCCUUACUUAGAACCAGAACCCAACAACCACGCAUCUGACCCUUAAACUAGCAACGCCCAAUAGUCUGCAGAGCACAUGUGGCUGCUGGAUCGUUUUCAUGUAAUGUUUACUGCACAAACAAAAGGGAUUGCCAAAACGUUCCCAAGGUGGCAGGCACCCAAUUUCCCCGAGGUGUAAUUUGCCUUGCCAGUGCCACCUUCAAAUCUUCCUCUCAGCCCAUUGGGAUCAGCUCCUUAAAGGUGCCAUCCAGUACGUGUGUGUAACAGUGAUGAACACUGAUGAGCCAUUACUGAUCCUGGUUACGGAUUAGCUGAGCUGUGAAGGUGGAAAGUUAUGGGGAAGGUAGUGUGCAUGCACUGCAGAACAUUUCCGAUCAGUUAGGUGAAGGGACUUGCUUAUCCCCAGGCUUCUCGCCAUUUUGAUUCUCAGGGUUUUGAGAGCCUGGGCCUGAGGUUUAAGAUGUAGGCACAUGGUGUGGCCACACAUUGACACUUGAAUAGCUUUUUUGAAGGCAAAAGCAAUUCCUUAUUUGGUACAGCACAAGCGUUAAAUCUGCUUGUGUUUUCAAGAUGCCAACAGUAUGGUCUUAAUUAGAAUGCACAAAACUCACAGUACACUGAACACAAUAUAUUUAAUAUUAAUUAGUGGAUAUAUCAAGCCCUGAAUCCGACAGGGGCUCACGUUCUUAGCGGAGGCUCCUGCAUUUAAUCACAAGCCCAACCAUUCCAGCAAGAGCACACGUUACCACAUCCAACCAUGACCUUCCCUGCAGUUAGCGCAUGGCAAAUCAGUGAUUUAAUGUGCCUGCAUCAGUAUUUUUCUGACAUUGUGUUAGUGCCUGUGCAAAAUAGGGUGUUGGUGAUUUGACUGUGUACGUCCCACUUGUGACUUGGCUGGUGGCUCACUCCAGCCCUGCUGCUUUUAUUGAUUUCUUUUCUGCCUUGCUCGCUUUCCGCUGCUUCAUACAUUGAAAACCUUCACCUGCAUAAUUUUUAUAUACAGAUAUAUUUGUCUUUUAUAUGUUAUAGUUCAAUAUAAAAAUUUUUAAAGUUGUAACUACAAAUUAAGAAUCUGAAAAAAUAUUAUAAAAUUUUAAUUCCAUGUACUAAUAUAUUUUUUCCAUUGUCAUUGCCUGAAUAAAAUUAAUGGUGAGUUUCACGUUGA